GUUGGAAAGGCUGCAAGCUAUCUCAGAAAACCAAAGUUUAGGGAAAGAGAUCCACACAGAAGGCAAUCAAGUCUAAGUUGACGUUGGAAAGGCUGCAAGCUAUCUCAGAAAACCAAGGUUUAGGGAAAGAGAUCCACACAGUCAAAAGUUGAAUACACUCCAAAAGCCUUCAUUAUUAAUCCGACUGCGCUGGAAGAAUCAGAAAGAUGCCAACCGCAGGCAAGGACAUUAUUGGCUUGUGGCUUAUCGUAUUGGCUGCAGUGAAUCUUUCCCAAGCCGCUUCAUCCGAUUGUAAGAAUCCUCCAUUAGACAUAUCUAUCGUGAUCGAUCAAACAAAGAGCGUAGGAGCGGACAACUAUGACGCCAUGUUGGAUUCGGUCAUGGCACUCAUUUCGCAGUAUGAUGUCGGUGAAGACAAGACACACUUCUCCAUCGUAACUUAUGCCAAAGAUGCACAAGUUCGUGUCAGCUUUGACGACCCAAAAUAUCAAAAUAAAGCGGCUCUUCGUGCACUCAUUGAAGAAAUGAAGGAGAAGGACAAGUUGGGGAACCCGACGAGGACUGACAACGCCUUGAAAGUGGUCGGCGAGGACGUGUUCAACGAAAAGAAUGGAGAUCGACCGGAAUCACCAAACGUCAUGAUCAUCUUCACUGACGGAGGAACGCAUAAGAGUUCCGAACCCUACAGUGCCGUGCUACCAACUCUUGAGGAAAAAGGAAUACAGCGAGUGGCUGUGGGGAUUGGUAAAAAAAUUAAGCAGGCAGAGCUUAUAACUAUUGCUGGAGACGAGAAUCGAGUAGUUAAUGCCAAAAAUUUCGAAGACUUGAACAACCAGUUGGACGAUAUUCGCGAAGCUACUUGUAACAUUGAUGGAGGAUAUACCGAGUGGUCCGAGUGGAGCGAAUGCACAGCAACUUGUGGUGGGGGAAGUCGUUCUCAUUCUAGAACCUGCACCAACCCGUCACCAAAAAAUAAAGGAAAAACUUGUAUUGAACAGGAUCUGGGUCCUAAUAUGGAAUCUGAAGAAUGUAACACCCAAGACUGUCGCCCAACUCCACUUCCAUCUCCACCCAAACCUUGCAAGGAACAUCUCGACGUUGGUGUCAUAGUCGAUUCCUCCAACAGCAUCAGUUCUGUUGAUUACAAUAGAGCACGUGAUUACUUAGUUCGACUGGCUCAAAGACUAGAGGUUUCCGAAGCUGGAACACAUAUGGCGAUCCUUCUCUACAGUUGGGAAGCACAUCUCUGGCACAGAUUUACCGAUCCGCAAAAUAUUGAUGCACUAACAGCCAAAGCCAGAAGCUUGCCGCAUAUUCGAGGUGGAACAAGAACAGACAGAGCUCUGGAACUAGCAGCGGAGGAGUUUUUUGGUUGGGACAAUAGUGGAGACAGACCCGAUAAACCAAAUGUGCUACUUGUGCUGACUGAUGGUGACACAAACGAAGGGAGUAAGCCAUUCAGUCAAGUUAUUCCUCCUUUGGAUGAUGCAAGCGUAAGGAGAAUUGCUGUCGGAAUUGGAAGUGGAAUAGAUAUCUCGGAGCUUCAACAAAUUGCUAGCGCCAAUCAUGAUGUACUACAGGUUUAUGGGUACCAGCAGUUAAUCCCCAAACUAGAGUCCAUAAUGACCAAGGCUUGUGAAGAUCAGUAUCCAGGUGAUUGUGGUGAGUGGGGAUCUUACGGAGGCUGCAGUAGGAAUUGUGGUGGCGGAGCGCAGGUUCGUACCAGAAGUUGUCCUCCUAAAAGUCUACAUUUAACGAAACAAAGGAAGCAUUGCAACACAAACCUUUGUCCAGGACAAGAGCCUUGUGAAGACCUUGCAGGGGAUUGCGCAGUCAGAGCUGCUAAAGGAGACUGCUGGAGGACCGCUAAUGUACCUUCCAGUCAACACUUGCUCUACGUUGGCAGGACGUUUCCUUUGUGGAACACUUGUCCAAAAAGCUGCAGACGAUGCAAUGUCGAUACCUCUUGUCAAGAUGGCGAUCCCUAUGUUUGUCCUUGGUGGUCAGUAGCUGAUCGCAAUAGGUGGAAAUGCCGCUAUGCAUGGCGACAAGGCUGGACUCAGUACUCUCUAGCAAACUAUUGCAAGAAAAGUUGUGGCAAAUGCAGCGGAGGAGGCGGCGGAGGAGGAGGAGGAGGAGGAGCAUGUCAGGAUUUCAACGUCUAUUACUGUCGGAUUAAGGUUAAAUGGCCAGGCUGCGGCAAUUAUUAUGUGAGAGCCAAAUGCAAGAAGAGUUGUGGCCUUUGCAGCGGAGGGAGUGGAGGUGGCGGUGGCUGGGGACGUCGAUAAAAACGUGGCACUAAGCUGAGGUUUCUGGUUUUCCAAUAAUUAUUACGCCAGCUGAAGAAUGGAGAACGAAUGUAAUAGGAGAUACGUCAUGGCUCAGUAUUGUAGGCAGGGAUAGCAAAUAAACACUGAAAUUAAGAGUGU